AUGAGUGAAGACAAGAAAUUCAUCAUCUCGGACGCUUCGCCAAAGGAAAUCCCAGACCUAACCCUCCCUCCUUGCAUUAGUCCAGUGAGGAAGUCUAGUGGUUCUGAGCCGGGUCAUCGGGAUGUUGAGCAUGUUGGUCGUGGUCCAGAGAAUACUUCAAAUGACGGUACUACCCAACCAACAAACAGCCUUGAGGAAUCGAGCCAAGACCAUGGUAUUGAGUCCACCUAUUUGAAUACCGAGCCAGAUCCGAGAUCUGUUGCAACCAUCCCCAAUUCCAGAGCAGCUUCUGAACACCCAGAUGCUACCGGUCAACCCUCGUCUGCGGCAUCUAGCUCCGCAAGCGUAACGAUUCCGAACAUCCAGACCAUCACACUUCGUCCUACCCCUACUCCACCUCUUAGAGAACAACUUGUUAGGAAUGUACCCACUUGCCCACCGUGUCACGCCAACCCUGGUAAUAGCAAUUGCCGCGGAAGCCCAGCCUUUGCACAAUGUAGGGGAGAGGCUCCUGUUCCAGAUGGGAGCCAAUUUGCCAUCCAUAGUGUUGGAAUCGGCGGGUCAGGAGUUGGUGUUGUAGCAGGAAGUAUUGUUGGUGCCGUUGGCGGUGAUGUGAGUGGCUCUGGCUCGUGUAGACUGGGAGAGAACAGCAACGAAGGUGGCAGCGCAGAGAAUGUUGGAGGAGAUGGAUUCGAUGCGACAGACCAACGUGAAGAGCCAAAAGAUGGUACAGCCGGCUCUCGAUCUAAGAAGGCUGACGAAAAUGGAAGCAACGGUGAAAAGACGGAACGAGCCGGUGGUGAUGAAUCGGUCCCAGAUUGGGGCCGAAAGGGUAAGGAAAGAUGGAGUAUGCAAUUUGCAGGUCUGGAGUAG